AGUUGAAGAUGGAAGACAAAGAAAAUCAACCUGAUGCACUACCAGAUAUAAAUCAACAUAGCUUAACAGACGCAGUUUACAAUAUGGCCGAGUCUUCCAAGCAGAAAAAUAAUACAACAAAAGAACUUAAAAUUAGUACAAGGCUAAAAACUUUUAAAUGUGAGAUUUGUAGCGAAUCAAUAAGUGGACGAAAACUGCUCGAAAUCCACAUGCGGACACAUACUAAAGAGAGAAUAUUUAAAUGUGAUGUAUGUAGUAAAUCAUUUAGUGGGCCUAAAAGGCUUGAAAUCCAUAUGCGGACACAUACGGGAGAGGGGUCGUUAAAAUGUGAGGUGUGUAGUAAACCAAUUAGUGGGCCUAAAAGACUUGAGGUCCAUAUGCGGACACAUACGGGCGAGAGACCAUUCAAAUGUGAGGUUUGUAGUAAAUCAUUUACUACUAAAUACAAUUUACAAAUACACCUUCGAAUACACACUGGAGAGAUGCCAUAUUCGUGUAGUCACUGCAGUAAAUCAUUUCAAAGUCUAGACGCCCUAAAAGCACACAUGUAUACGCACAACUUUGAGAAAAAUCACAAGUGUGAUGUCUGUGGCAGUUCAUUCAUAACGCUGAGCAGGCUGAACAACCACAAGAAAACACAUCUCAACGACGAAACCCAUCAGUGUGAAGUUUGUGACAAAACCUUUAGAAAUAAAUACAUUUUGAGGGCACACAUGUUGAUUCAUACGGGAGGCGCAGAAACAUAUACAUGCAAGAUCUGUGAUAAAACCUUUACUUCAAAGAGUUACUUUCUCACUAAGCAUGUCAUGAUUCAUACGGGGGAGAGACCGCAUAAAUGUGAUGUUUGUGGUAAAUCAUUUAAUUCCAUAAGCACACUUAACAUGCAUGAGAAAACGCAUUCCGGACAAAAGUCAUAUGAAUGUGAUAUCUGUCAUAAAACUUUUAUAAGAAGUUCUUGUUUGGUAACUCACAAAAGAAUUCACACGGGAGAGAAGCCGUACGAUUGCAAAUUUUGUGAUCGAUCGUUUAGAAGCAAUAGCGAUCUUCGCGGUCAUGUUGUGAAACAUACAGGCGAAAAACCACAUGCUUGCGACAUUUGUCAUAAAUCAUUCACUCGACGGCAAGAUGUUAGACGUCACAUGAGAAGCCAUACUGGUGAAAAACCUUUUAAUUGUGAAAUCUGUGAUGUAUCGUUCCGCGACAAAGCUGCCGUUAAAGUUCAUGUGCGAAAGACACAUGUGAAAGAAAAAUGCUUUAAAUGUGAAGUUUGUACGAAAUCGUUCCUCUCGGAAAACACCCUUCAUUCCCACAUGAGAGUUCAUACCGGAGAGACGCGCUAUAAAUGCAAAAUCUGCUCGAAAUAUUUCAGCUCGCAGAAUUAUCUCGAAACUCAUAGGAUGAUCCAUACUGGCGAGAAACCACAUCGAUGUGAUGUUUGUAAUAAAUCAUUCACCCAGCUUGGUGGAUUACUUAGACAUCAGAAAAUUCAUUCAGGAGAGAAGAACAUCAAGUGUGAAGAAUGCGACAAAAUGUUUAAUCGACUUGAUAGUUUGAAAUCGCACAUGAGAAUCCAUUCAGAAGUAAAACCAUAUAAAUGUGAUUUAUGUAGUGAAUCGUUUAAAUAUCCUUCGUCGUUACUCACCCAUGUCAAUCAUCAUAAGGGCGUGACAGAUUACCAAUGUAAAAUAUGUGAAAGAUAUUUAUGUGACAAACGAUCAUUAAAAAGACAUUUAUUAACCCACGGAGAUGAGUAUCUUGAAAAAAGAGAAACGGAUGUUUAA